GGUCACACCGGCAGCUGGUGUUCACUGAGUCGGUCAACCACCCCGGGCUGACCAUGAACCCCCACCAGCUAGGAGGUGGCCACCCACAACACCCUGCACACUUCUUUGGGACGCAACACCGAGACUCUCUCAACUUCUACCCAUUGGAUUUACGGAACAGAUUUCAUGGUAAUGUAUUGGAAAGAGAGAGAGAGAGAGUGUGUGUGUGUGUGUGUGUUGAAAAGUCAAUUGAAUCGUUUUUCAGUCUUAAUACAUAGGCCUAUCAAUAAUAAUGACAACAAUUAGGCUGCAAUGAUGAUGGGGCUAAUCAUUCAUUUUCAUGUAUGUUAAUCACCAGUUAAUGUUUGUUUCUAUUACAAUAUUAUUGUGGUGAUGUGGGACCACGAGGCAUAGGCUUUAUAACAGCCACUGGUGAACAUAACUAAUACCUAGAGUGGAUAUGAGAUAGAGUACUUAUGGAAAACAUUUCCACGUUCCAUUUUCCCCCUUGGCUACACUUUGGUAAGGGAAAGCGUCAAUCAGAUAGUGGGGAUGUUUUUGUUGCGUGCAGAACUCCCUGCCCUCGGCCAUGUCAGCCUAUAUUGUCAUACUAGUAACAUAUGAACAAAUAAACUGUCACAACAGGAAACAUGAGAGGUAUGGAACGAUAAGGCUGUGACAUGAGUAUUAAUAUGAAUACUGUCACAUUGACUACAGCAAGGCUAUAUAGGCUAUAUUCUCUUACAAGUUUUAUUUUACUUCUGCUCUUUUUUUUCUCAACACUUUUUGUGUUGUUGUUUUAUUUUUACUUUUUUUUGUUAAAAAUAAAUGCACUGUUGGUUAAGGGCUGUAAGUAAGCAUUUCACUGUAAUGUCUGCACCUGUUGUAUUCGGCGCAUGUGACCAAUAAAAUUUGAUUUGAUUUGAUAUUCAAUGUAGAUAUUGGGGUCGAUAUGGUCCUAAAGCGGUCUAUAUGGUCCUAAAGCGGUUUAUAUGGUCCUAAAGCGGUCUAUAUGGUCCUAAAGCGGUCUAUAUGGUCCUAAAGCGGUCUAUAUGGUCCUAAAGCGGUUUAUAUGGUCCUAAAGCGGUCUAUAUGGUCCUAAAGCGGUCUAUAUGGUCCUAAAGCGGUUUAUAUGGUCCUAAAGCGGUCUAUAUGGUCCUAAAGCGGUCUAUAUGGUCCUAAAGCGGUCUAUAUGGUCCUAAAGCGGUUUAUAUGGUCCUAAAGCGGUCUAUAUGGUCCUAAAGCGGUUAGCGUUUAUAUGGUCCUAAAGCGGUUUAUAUGGUCCUAAAGCGGUUUAUAUGGUCCUAAAGCGGUCUAUAUGGUCCUAAAGCGGUUUAUAUGGUCCUAAAGCGGUUUAUAUGGUCCUAAAGCGGUCGAUAUGGUCCUAAAGCGGUCUAUAUGGUCCUAAAGCGGUUUAUAUGGUCCUAAAGCGGUCUAUAUGGUCCUAAAGCGGUCUAUAUGGUCCUAAAGCGGUCUAUAUGGUCCGCUUCAUGCUUUAUAAUGUAAUCAAACUUUAAAAACGAAACAAGGAAUAUUUGUGCGGUCUGCAGAACACAUCAAAUUGCUGGUGAGUAAUAAUAUGGAACUUGACAUGACUGUCUCAUCAGCUGUUACCUCGUUUUGGCACAGGUUUGGAGUGCAUUUGUGGUGCAUCAAAUAUCUGUCAUAAGCAGAGAAAAUAUUCCAUUAAGGUGACAGGUAAUUACAUUCAAAAUUAAGAGCAUUAGAAAGAGUGCUAAACACCAAAAUCCCUCCAUUUUGAAAAUGUGAUGGCAUGUCAAAAACUUCAAUUUGCAUUUUUAUAACUUCAUACAUGUAUUAUAGACUAAUCCAAUGAAAUGUGAUUAAGAUAUUAUAAAAUAUGUAGGAGUCUGUCAUUUUCAUUCAAACUUUAGGCUACUAGGAUCCAGAUUAAUGGAGCGCAAGUCUAAACCAGUCUAUUUUCCCACGGCUGGAAAGGUUUCCCCCGGCACACACACCAGGCCACAGGCAAUCUGUAAAAUAAAUAUUGUCUUUGUCACGCGGUCAAUCCCACUGCGAAUUUAUCCAAACCAAACCACUAUCUUAUCUGAGUGAGUGCGAAAAUCGUAAUUAUUUUCUUCCCAAACGUUCAAACCAGAAUUUUGUUUCAGAAUCUAGCCAGAUUUUUUAGGUUGUAAAUUUUUUUACAACCUAUAUAGACUAUAUGGCCUAUAUGCAUCUGUAGUCUCGAUUAAUUUAAUAUGUUUUUGAUCAUUUAACGUAUUGGCCUAAUUCUCAUUUAUGACGAGAGAUUCAUGUCAUUAUUCUCAAUAUAAAGUAGACUAAUAAUGUUGUUAAAUUAUUAAAAAUAAUUGUCACACAGUCCUAUUUGGAACGAUAUCAAAUUGACAGUUUAAAUUGAGCCCUACGUCGACAUGGACUCAGCACAUGCAGAAGAGUGGUUAUAAAGGCUUCAUAGACCACUUCAAACUACAUAAAGAGUUUAUAAACUAGCCUCAAACCAACAGGGCAAAUAAUCCUUUGAAUUAGUCUAAGAUCCCUCUGCCUCGGGCUGUGUUCUUUUCCACCUCAUUGCAGAGCAAAACGCGCCUGGUGUUGCUCUGUGUUGUAGUUGCUUCAAUCUAAACCCCACUGUGAUUCUCCCUCUCAAUUCAAUUUCAAUUCCAUUUCAAUGUAAGGGCUUUAUUGGCAUGGGAAACGUGUGUUAACAUUGCCAAAGCAGGUGAAGUAGAUAGUAAACAAAAGUGAAAUAAACAAUAAAUAUUAACAGUAAACAUUACACUCAGAAGUUCCAAAAGAAUAAAGACAUUUCAAAUGUCAUAUAUCUCUCUCUCUCUCUCUCUCUCUCUCUCUCUCUCUCUCUCUCUCUCUCUCUCUCUCUCUCUCUCUCUCUCUCUCUCUCUCUCUCUCUCUCUCUCUCUCUCUCUCUCUCUCUGUCGUCACUAGUUACCACAGCCACAAAGUCAUAAACCCCGACCAUUUCCACCAUUUAUCUUCUCAUUUUGUUUUAAUUAGACCUAAAACCUUCAAUUAAGACCAAAAAUAACAUUUUUGUUUUCAUUAAUUUCUACGAUAUAGCCAAUUUUGUCUUCGUGGAUGUGGUAACUAGUGGAAACCAUCUCUCCGCCCCCAGGAAACGAUGUUUCCCAAGAUAGCCUGCUCCUCCACGGCCCAUUCGCCCGGAAACACAAGCGCAUCCGCUCCGCCUUGUCCGCGUCGCAGCUCCUGCCGCUGGAGCGGGCGUUCGAGAAGAAUCAUUACGUAGUAGGAGCAGAGAGGAAACAGCUGGCCAACUGUCUCAUUCUGUCUGAAACA